AUGGCGCCAUGGAGCCACACUGGGGGCUUCCGGUGCCUCCUUGUGCUCUGCGUGGACUUGCUGUGCCUUGGCGCCGGUGACGGUGGCCAGAAGCAGCCCCGAUUUCCGCCCAUCGCAUGCCGGGAGCAUCUGGCCUGGGUGGCGGAGAGAUACUUCCACGCGCGCGGCCACGCCGCCGAGGUUGGCGUCUUCCAAGGGGAGUUCGCGAUGAUGAACCUCCGGGUCUGGACAGGCAAGUACUUCUGCAUUGAUGCGUGGCGUCACCGGAAAGAUGGCUCCAGGGACAAGAACGUGCGCUGGGCCUACUGGCACCUCCGGAACCUGAGGGUGGCCAGAGAGAACCUCGGGUUUUCUGGCAACCGCUCCGUCUUCGUGCGCAAGUACAGCAAGGAGGCCGCAGGAUCCUUCCCAGAGGAGUUCUUCGACUGGCUCUACCUGGACGCAUCGCACACGGAGGAGGACGUCACCGCGGACUUGCGGGCCUGGUGGCCAAGGCUGCGCCGGGGCGGGCUCUUCAGCGGUCACGACUACAUGGAUGCCAACCAAACCUGGCUGCUCCUGCCUGGAAAUCGUGCACCCAAGAAUGACUACGACCCCGCACGCAGGCACCGCUUCGGCGUCGUCAGGGCCUUGCAGGCCUUUGCAGCGGAGGUCGGGGGGCUCAUACAGGUGACCUUUGUGAACGACGGCAACGGCUGCGACGACAAGCCGUCUUGGUACAUGGUGAAGCCGUGA